UUAACAUAACAUUCAUUAUACAUACAAAAUCUUGAAACUAAACACCAAGGCAAAUUGGAAAAUGGUUAACCCAAUCCCAGAAUUCUUGAAGAACACAUGGUCCAAUUGGAAUAUAAGGAUUGUUAUCCUCACUAGUCUGUGCCUACAGAUUACUCUCAUCUUCUUGGCACCGUUCAGAAAACGGACCAGAAAACGCACCCUGGCGAUUUUGCUAUGGUCUACAUACCUUCUUGCAGAUUACACUGCAAACUUCUGCAUUGGACUAAUUUCCAACAAGUAUGGAGACAAAGACACCAAUAUCUCCAACAUCAAUGACUUCGUGCUUACACUGUGGGCACCCUUUCUUCUGCUCCACUUGGGUGGCCCUGACACCAUCACUGCUUUUGCUCUGGAGGACAAUGAGCUCUGGCUCAGGCACAUGCUUGGCCUCAUGGUUCAGCUCUGUUUAACAAGCUAUGUCUUCAUCUUGACACUCCCUGAAAACACUUUGUGGAUUCCAACAGUUCUGGUUUUCAUGUCAGGAAUCAUCAAAUAUGCAGAGAGGACUCGGUCCCUUCAGCUUGCAAGCAUUGACAACUUCAGACAGUCCAUGACUCGUGUACCAGAUCCCGGUCCCAAUUAUGCUAAACUCAUGGAGGAAUACAAGUCUAGGAAAGAUGCAGGACUUCCCACUAAAAUAGUUUCUAUGCCGGAACUAGCAGAACAAGGCUUGAUCACACCAAUGGUUGGUCCUGAUGUUAAUGCUGAUGCUGAUGCUGAUGCUACUAACAAGGGAAAGAACAAUGACAUUGAAAAACAAUCAUCUGAGGUUGCUGAUAGUGACUCAGCUAGCAAGCACGAGCAAGAAAAACUCGACGAUGUGGAUGUGGUGAGGGACGCUUAUCACCACUUCAACACAUUCAAAGGACUAAUCGUCGACAUGAUCUUCAGCUUCCGCGAGCGCAAUGAGAGCCGCGAGUAUUUCCUCUCGCAAACCGCAGUGGAUGCUCUGAGAGUGAUAGAGGUCGAACUCAACUUCAUGUAUGAAGCUUUCUACACCAAGGCCUCGGUGGUGCGCGACAAGGUAGGCUACUUAUUCAGAUUCGUGGGGGUUUGUUCUAUUGUGGCAGCCCUGGUACUCUUUGUUUUAGACCAAAAACAUGGUUGUGACAAGUUUGAUAUCAUGGUCACUUACACCUUGUUCUAUGGUGCUGUGGCCUUGGAUUUGGUGUCCUUGUUGAUGCUCAUUUUCUCUGAUCACACUUAUGCAUCCUUUGCUCACCCUCAAAGAAAUUAUUGUACUAGGGGCAUUGGAAAAUUUGCAAUUUCUGUUUUCAAAACUUACCUCAAGCUCAAGAGACCAACAUGGCAAGAAAAACCCGAAAGGAAAGGGAAAAUCUUGUCUACUCGAACAUUGUCACGAAGGUGGUCUGGUUCCAUCUCAGAAUUCAACUUGGUGUCAUACAUUCUCAACAAGAGGGGUUCUUGGGUGGAUAAAGUCAUUGAUUACAUUGGAGCCACUGAGCUUGUGGAGCAAUGGAGAUAUGAAAAGAAGAAGCCAUUGCUUCAAGACCUUUGGAUCUUCAUCUUCAAGGAGCUCGAAAGAAAAUCUGGGGACGCGGAUGAUGUGGAAACUAUACAAAGAAUCUGUUCCUCUAGAGGUGCCUGGGUUAUCCAAGAAGGUCAAGUGCUGAGAGAUGACAUAAACAGAUUGAUGCCUUAUGUGGAUGCUAACACUGUCACUUUUGACCAAAGCCUUAUUCUGUGGCACAUUGCCACUGAUCUUUUGUUCUAUGAAGAAAAAGUGAUUCAAGUAAGCAACAUUGAUCAUGAAACUGAUGAAGAUGUCCAACGCAAUUUCAGUAAGCUUCUUUCGGAUUAUAUGCUGUACCUCUUAAUCAUGCAACCUACCAUGAUGUCUGCUGUGAGAGGAAUUGGGCAGAUAAGGUUCCAAGACACAUGUGCUGAGGCUAUUAAGUUUUUUGAGAAGAGGGAUAUAAUGGCAGAGAAAGAAAAAGGAAAUGAUGCAUUUUCUAAGAACUUUUGGAAUAGACUAAUUGAUUUAGGAAAGAAGAAAUUUCAUAAGUCCACUAGGAAAAUUGAAAAGAAUAUUGAACACCAAAAAGAGGCUUGCAGCAAACUUAGUGGUGUGUGCACAGAACAAGAACCUUCUUCUGUGAAGGGAGAUAGGAGCAAAUCGGUGUUGUUUGACGGGUGCAGGCUGGCGUACGAGUUGAAAAAUUUGAAGGAGAAGAAGAACAAGUGGAAGAUCAUGGCUCAGGUGUGGGUGGAGUUGUUGUCAUAUGCAGCUUGUAGUUGCAGGCCUAUCACACAUGUGCAGCAACUUAGUAAAGGUGGAGAGUUCAUGUCACUUGUUUGGCUAUUGAUGACUCAUUUAGGCCUUGCCAAACAGUUUCAGAUCAAGGAGGGGCAUGCAAGGGCCAAACUGAUCGUGGGUGAAGAGGACAUCCAAACCAGCUGAUACAAAUUCUUCCAUUUUUCACUUUUCUGCUAGUUGAGGAUAUUAUUACAUAUCUAUUUUAUCUUUUUGUUUAAUCUUAAUGUUUUGAAAUAGUUACUCAUACUUUUCUUCAGGUUGCUGGGGAGAAGGCUUUGUUGUCAUACUCUCAUUUCUCUUUGUUUUUUCUUUCUUUCCUCAUUUUGGAUAUGGGUGGAAAUGAAAAUAACAUUAGUAUGUUGAAUAAUUAGCUA